AUGAACUACGAAAAUCCUCCACCUUAUCCGGGCCCUACUGCCCCAUACCCACCAUAUACCCAACAGCCGGGUGGACCCCCCGGUCCUGGCCCUUACCCUGGCUACCCACCGGGGCCUGCGGGGCCGUAUCCAGCACCUCAGCCGGGCUACCAAGGAUAUCCACAAUAUGGCUGGCAGAAUGCUGCUCCACCUCCUGGACCAGUCUAUGCAGAUGGACCUAAAAACACAGUGUACGUCGUGGAAGAGCGGCGGAGGGAUGACACCGGCGAAAGUACCUGCCUGACGGCGUGUUGGACUGCGCUUUGCUGCUGCUGCCUUUGGGACAUGCUGACCUGAGUGCCCCGAGAAGCCGAGCCUCUCGAUACCUCUCACGUGGAGUGCUAUGCAUUCUCCCUGAUCUCUCCUCUGAUUCGACAGCUUGUUAGUACUGUAAUAAAAAUGAUCUUCUUUGCACAGGUGACAUCAGCACACGUCCACCGUAGAGGUAGCACCGUGACGGUUG